UUUCAUUGUUUUAAUCAACCCCACCAUAUAUAACUUGAACUCGAAAUGUCUCAUCUUGUGCACGCCACUUCUAUAUACAUUACAUAACAGAGAAUGGGUUUCUUUAGCUCCAUUAGCCAGCCCCUCCUCCGCUACCCUUCAGCUCGCCGGAACGAUUCCGUCAUCGACAAUUACCAUGGCGUUCUUAUUUCCGACCCAUACCGAUGUUUCAUAGCAGAUAUCCCAUUAUUACAAGCAGGCUUGAGAAUCCCAACUCAGACGAGACGAAGGGAUUCGUGGAGAAGCAAGGGGAGCUGACAACCACGUUACUGAGCACCUGGUGCGGCGAGACCAGAGACAAACUGAGGAGAAAGCUGACGCAAAUCUUCGAUUACCCAAAGUACGGCGUUCCUUUCAAGGCCGGCACGGGCAAGUACUUUUACUUGCACAACACCGGGCUCCAACCCCAGGGUGUCCUUUGCUGCGUUAACGAAGACGGGUUGGGGGAUGGAGAAGAAGGGGAGGUUUUGGUAGACCCGAACGAGAUGAGCGAAGAUGGGAGCGUGGCGCUGAGAAUGUGGAGUGUGAGUGAGGAUGCUAAGUUCUUGGCUUAUGGCCUUACUUCUAAGGGGACUGAUUGGGUGACUAUAAGAGUCAUGGCUGUUGAUGAUAAGAGGACUUUGGAGCCUGAUACUCUCUCCUGGGUCAAGUUUUCUGGUCUUAGCUGGACAAAAGACUGUAAAAGAUUUUUCUACAGCCGAUACCCAGAUCCUCUUACAGAGGGUGGAGGAAACAACAAUAAUGUGGAUGGCGUCAAUCUAAACCAUCAAUUGUAUUAUCAUUUCUUGGGCACACACCAAUCCGAAGAUAUCCUAUGCUGGAAAGAUUCAGACAAUCCUAAACAUAUGGUUUCCGCCUCAGUUACAGAAGAUGGGAAGUAUGUUGUUUUGUAUAUAAUGGAGAAUUGCGAUCCGGCCAACAAAGUUCAUGUGUGUGAGUUGUCUGCUCUUCCAAACGGGCUCGAAGGUUAUAGAGGGACAACGGGUGGUCUCCCGUUUACGAAGCUGGUCGACGGUUUUGAUGCAUCUUAUGAUUUCGUUGCGAAUGACGAAACCAUUUUCACCUUCCACACAAACAAGAAUGCUCCAAGAGACGCGAAGAACGUUUUGCAGUUGAGAGAUUUGAAAACGGGGGCAUUGGAACACAAUCUCCCAAUAGGAAUUGGAAGAGUUUGUGGGAUAUCAGCGCUUCGCAAGGACAGUUCCGCGUUUAUCGGUUUUACCAACUUCCUAAUCCCCCAAACCAUAUAUGAGAUCAACCUCCAAAAUGAGGUCCCAGAGAUGAAAACGUUCCGCGAAGUUACUGUCCCAGGAUUUGAUCCUUCUGGGUUCAAUGUAAAUCAGGUGUUUGUGCCAAGUAGAGAUGAUGAUAGAGUUAAGAUACCCAUGUUCAUAGUUUCUCCAAAGGGUAUCCCCAUGGACGGAUCGAACCCUUGUUUGCUCUACGGAUACGGAGGGUUUAGCACCAGCCUCACGCCGUGUUUCUCUGCAGCGCGACUGGUGUUGGCAAAACAUUUAGGGGUUGUCUUCUGCUUUGCGAAUAUAAGGGGAGGGGGAGAGUACGGUGAGGAGUGGCACAAGGCGGGCGCCCUUGGCAACAAGCAGAAUUGCCUGAAUGAUUUCAUUUCUGCAGCUGAGUAUUUGGUCCAGGCUGGUUUCACUCAACCAACCAAGUUGUGCAUUGAAGGUGAAAGCAAUGGUGGACUUGUUAUGGCAGCAUGUAUCAAUCAGAGACCUGAUCUAUUUGGUUGCGCUCUCAUCCACGUUGGCGUCAUGGACAUGCUUAGAUUCCACAAGUUCACCAUUGGCCAUGCAUGGACCUCUGAGUUUGGAUGUUCGGACAAGGAGGAAGAGUUCCAUUGGCUGAUCAAAUAUUCGCCGUUGCAUAAUGUGAAAAGACCUUGGGAACAAACUCCAUGUCUAGCGUCACAAUACCCAUCGACCAUGUUAUUGAGCGCCGAUCACGAUGAUCGCGUUGUGCCCUCACACACGUUGAAGUUCCUAGCGACAUUGCAACAUGUGUUAUGCAUGAGGAGAACUGAUGCGAAGAGUGCGGUGCCGAUGCAAAGAAACCCCAUUGUGGGCCGCAUUGAGCGAAACGCAGGCCAUGGGUGUGGGUGUUCGACACAAAAAAUGAUUGAAAUGGCUGCAGACAGGUAUGCAUUCAUGGCUAGAGCUCUGCAUGCGGACUGGAGAGAGUAGAUAGAUACCAGAGGGGACCAGGCCAUAUAAGUGAUCCUCAAUUGCUAGAAAUCCAUUUACUUUCUCUUUCUGUCCAUUUAAUUUUUGGGGAAGAAAUUGAUUGGGUUGGG